AUGAUUGAGGUGCUCAUAACUGUGAUACCUUCAAUCUGUUGGCUACUUUAUAGGUUUUAUACCAUAUUAAAAACACCAGUUGAAAAAAUUAUUGAAGAUUUGAAUAUUGAAAUUCCUCAUAUACCAAAUAUUUGUAUUGAUUCAAUAAAUGAUACUUCAGUUGUUAUUCAUUGGGAUAUUGAAAUAAAAAAUGGAGAAAAUUUAUAUUAUAUAAUAGUCAUAAAUGGUCAAGAAGCAGCAACAUUAACUUCAACAUCAUGUAAAUUAAAAAAUUUAUCAUCAAAUCAAAUUUAUUCAAUAGAAAUUAUAGCAAAUAAUUCAAUAACUAAUUUCAAGUCCAAGUCAAAACCUGUUAUUAUUCAAACAAUGAAUAAAGAGAAUAUUGAAAAAUUUAUCAAUUUGGAGAAUUUGGAAAAUCAUACUAUUAAACCAAUUGAAAUUAAAGAAGCAGAUUUACAGAAAAUAGGAGCAUUAGAGGAAGAAAAUUUAAGUACAUUAACUGUUGAACAAAUCAAAGACAUUGAUGAUUCAAAAUUAUUAAACAUCUAUCUUAUCAAAACUCAAAAUGAAUUAACUAAAGCAAAUGUUGAAUAUAAAAAUUUUCAAACUCAAAUUCAAACCGAACAGGAUAAUUUACAAAAUGAUUUAAAUUUUUAUAAACAUGAAUUUGAAGAAGAAACAGAUACCAAAAACAAGAAAGAUCAUGAUGUAAAAUCUUUGGAGAAGUCAAAAAAUAAUUUAUCUUUUCAAAAAUCAAAAUUAAUCUCACAAUUAAAUAGCAUUAAAAACUCAUUAGCAUUAUAUCAAAACAAAUUUAAAGAAAACGACUUGAAACUUAAGAAAUUAGAAGAAAGAAACUCAAAUUUAACAGAGUUAGAGGAGCAAGAAAAAGCGAAGAUUGAAUUAGAAAUUAAACAAAUUAAAGAAACUUUGCAAAAAAAUAAAUCAGAGUAUGACAAGAUUGAUGAAAAUAUUAAAAGUUUAACUUUAGAAAAGAAAAAUUUGACUUCUUUACUCAUUCAAAUAAAACCAUUAAUAGAGUUACUUAAUCUGUCAAGUAGCAACAACUCCAAUAAUACUAAUAAUAAUAAUAACAACAACAAUAACCAAAAUAACGAAAAUUCUCCAUCUCCAAGUCCUGGACCAAAUGGAUCUUCAACAUCUUUAUCAGCAACAAAUAUUCAUACUAAUUCAAAUAAUAAUAAUAUAUCAAUCUUCAAUAAAGAUGGAUCAUUAACUAAAAACUCAUUUGAUGCAUUGUUGAGAAUAUCACAAUUAAUUCCAUCAUGGCAAGAUGAAAUUAUGCAAGAAAUAAAUAAUUAUCAAGAAUUUGAAAAUCAAUGGAAAACUGCUUUCAAAGCAGAAAUUAAAAAAUUUGUAUCCAUACAUCAAUCUUUGGAAAUUGCAAAAUUAAGUAGAGAUGAUAAUUAUCAACCAGUUAAAUUAAGUGAAUAUCAAGCAUCGAUUGAAUUUGGUGGGUAUAGUAAUGCCUUACCAAAACCUAAAUUUAACAAUAAUCCAAUGAAAAAUAAUUAUUCUAUUGAUGAUUACAAAAGAAAUUCUACCACAACAAAUGCAAAUAAUAACUUUCAUAAUUAUUAUGGACAAGUUUAUGCAAAAGAGGAAGAUAAUGCUUCACAAUCACCUAUCCCCACACAACCAAUUUUAAAUCAACCACAAUUAUUCUCACAAUAUCAAACAGAUGAUCAACAAUAUAUCUCACCAAACCCUACAAACCCAAUGCAAACUCAACCUACCUAUGAUUAUUUACCAGAUCAAUCACAAUUUGAUAAUACCCAUCCAUAUAUCAGCUUAGAACAAAUAAAUGCAGCCCAAACAAGAAACAUGGAUAUAAAUAUAAACUCACCAAUUUUACAAAAUAAUUUGUUAAAUAUUGAUAAUUCGAAUUUGAUAAACGAUUCAACAUUUUCAAAUUUUAAUUUUGAUGAUCAAUAUUUAACUCAACAACAACAACAACAACAACAACAUCCACCACCAAAUGUUUCAUCACCAUUACCUCAAAAUUCAAUGUUAUAUAAUAAUUUUAGAUCAACUCCAACAAAUGAUUUUAAUUCAAGAUUAUAUAAUACUGGUUUUAAUAAUUCGGGUUCAUCAUUUUCAGAAGUUUGGAAUACUCAACUACCAACAGCAACUUCCACAAAUCCAAAUCAAUCAAAUUUAAAUGAAUUUUUGAAUCCAACAAAUCCAUCAUCUACACCAGCCAACACAAACAAUACAACAACAAAUAACAAUGUCCCAACAUCGAAUUUAUCAAAAGGGUUUUUAAUGACACCAUCAUCCCAAAGUAUUUGGCUAGAUGAAAGAUCAUCAAACGGUCAUGCAAGAUCUAUCUCAAACAAUUCACAAAUUUGGAGAAAUGAAUUAUUUCCUGUUAAUUCAUCAUUACAGAAUUAUAACUCAAAUAACUCGCAAAAUGGUGCUGUAAAUACUACAAAUAAUAAUAGUUCAAUUUCCCCAAAUCCAACUAGAGAUUAUCAUCAGUUUUUUGGUCAAGCUAAUAACAAUAAUAAUGAAUUUAAUGGAUUUGCUUCUACUAAUGAUUCAAAUCAAGAAGUAAACAAGGGUAAGUAA